AUGACCAAGCCCAUCACCGUCUGGUUGACCCCUCCCGGUCCCAAUGCCUGGAAGGUCAUUACUAUUCUGGAAGAAUUGCAGGUUCCCUACGUCAUUGAAUCUUUCAAGUUCGACGAUGUCAAAAAGCCCCCAUUCAUCGACAUCAACCCCAAUGGUCGUGUCCCAGCAAUUGUCGACCCCAACACGAACCUUACCCUCUGGGAGUCCGGAGCUAUCAUUCAAUAUCUAGAGGAAGUCUACGACACCGAAAAGAAACUCACCUACGACUCCCUCAACGAGAAACAUCUCCUCAACCAAUAUCUGCAUUUUCAAAUGAGCGUCAGGGUCCAUACUUCGGACAAUGCGGAUGGUUCGUUCAACACUCUCCAUCCCGAAAAGUUGCCCUCCGCGAUCGAUCGCUACACCAAAGAAGUCCACCGUCUGCUGAGCGUUUUCAAUACACUCUUGGAGGGCAAGACCUGGCUCGUGGGCGAUAAAUGUACAUUCGCCGACCUGGCAUUCCUCCCUUGGAAUGCCCGUCUCGAUAUGGUGCUGCUUACAGCCCCAGGAGAGGAUCCCCUCGCAGGAUACCCGAAUGUUCAGGCGUGGCAUAAGCGCAUGGUAGAUCGGCCGUCGUGGAAAAAGACCAUGGAGAUUCGGGCGGGCCUGAUGGAUGAGCAGGGUCUGCAGGUGAAUGGUAUGCCUAAGGGGGUGACUAAUAUUAAGGAGUAUGAGGAGUAUAUGGCUAAGGUUGCUGGGCAGCAGUGCUAG